AUGACAAUUUCAUCAUCUUUUAUUAUGCCAACAUCUAAUAUUGAAUGUUUAACAUUAACAGGUAUUCAGAUUAAUUUGUAUGAACUUCUUGUUGUUGCACCAAUGCUACGUCAACUCGAUGCAAAGUUGCUUAUUCAUCAACCUAUUUACGACAACAUAAUGCUUCAACCAUCUUUCAAUUUACAACAAUUAUCGAUCACAAUCAAUCAUAUAACUAUACUCGAAAUAAAACGUUUGCUCUCAUCAAUGAUGCAUCUUACUCAUCUUACUCUUCAUGUUAAUGAAACUGAAAGUGAUCUAAUUAAUGGUCAUACAUGGAUACCAUUGUUAACUAGAAUUAUUGUAUUUCGUUUCAUGUUUGGAAUUUCAGAAAAAGACAAUGUUGAUCUUAAUACUUUUCGUACACAGUUUUGGCUUGAAGAAAAGAAAUGGUAUGUAACAUAUGAUCAAUGGAUUGAUACUUCAGUUUCGUUUCUAUAUACAAAUCCAUGUUGUACAGAGUAUCGUUAUCCAUUACCACGUAUGAAAAAAACAUUAGUGACUGAAUCGACUGGAUUAGAACCAAUGACAUUUCCAUAUAAUCAAUAUCUAGUAUUUGGUUAUGAUUUACCGAUGCAAAAAGACCAUGUACGUCGAUUCACCCAUAUCCAUACAUUAAUCGUGGAAAAUAAUCUUGACUUAUCAUUUGAAUACAUUAUCAGUCAUGUUGAUUUAUCACGAAUUACUAGUUUCGUACAAGGCAAUCCAGAAAAAGAACAAUCAAAUCACGAAUUCGUGCGCAUUCUUCACCGUCUUCCACAUUUACGUUCUCUUUGUUUAAAUAUCUCAACUGUUAACUUGUUUUUUGAUCGACAUUGGCCAAAAAUCAUUGAUCUUAACAUGAAGAGUCAUAUGUUGGAUAGAUCUAAAUAUUUAUCAUCGAUUGAAAUCGACGUAUUUUGGCGCUCGUUCGCUCAUCUGGAACGAUUAGCUUUUGAUCGUGAAAGUAUUCAAGAUUUAUUAGGAUUACUCAACAAGGUGACAACAACUUUAUCAAAUAUAUGGAUUCGUCAUUUUCAAAUUAUCUGUAAUUAUGAUCCUGAACCGAUUACACGUCAAUGGUUCGAACAAAAUACAAAAUUGACCAACUUUGAAUAUUUUUACGAGACUUGGUCUAAUGUUUAUCUAUGGCUCUAA